CUUAGUGAGAAAAAGAUUGAUCGGAUCGACGGCCAACUUCAGGCAGUCAUUGGUCUAUUACAAGGACUCAAGACGAACCCCCCACCUAGUAAUCCUCAAACAACCCAUCACGCGCCAACUGUGCAGUCUUCUGCCCCAAGUCCUGGAAACUACACUACCCCGUCAACGUCUGCUGUCAUCGAGGGAGAUUCCUCGCUUACCGCUCACUGCACCUUUGCAAAUGACUUUGUGCAGCAGGCCGCCGGGUCAGAGCCUCUCCGCAGCUCCUCCACAUUGGACAUGCAGGAGACGUUGGAGGCGCUCUCUCAAGUCGUCGACGCCUUGAAACAGCCGACUGUCGCCAAUGAGAUGACCUAUCCUCAUGCCCGGCUGAUCCAGCGUCCUAGCAUUGGCGAACGCGAGUUGCCUCCCUUUCAGAAUGCCCUCACGGUGAUUCGCCUUGCCAAAGCCCAGCGCCUUGCAGGGUCAGGCUGGAUUUACGAGUUUAUCCUCGUGAGGCAGUUUUCGGAAAUAUGCCUCAACGUCUACUUCUCCGAGGAGUAUUCCGAGACAGACUUCAUCAUUGUCAACGCCGGCCUCCACUCUCUAUUUGGGGACUACAGCGACCAAGUCCCUGUAGAAGAGAAGGGCACUUAUCUUGAGUAUGCCCAUUUGUGUCGCGAGAACCUCGAGACGGCUCUUGCCAACCUGCCACUGCAACUACCUGCGACGUCGGAUUUCAUUGUCGCGCUGCUCUUUGGUGCUUGGCAUGCAAUUGAACUCUCGAAACCCUCCUUAUCAUGGACACUGUGCUCCAAGGCAUCCGAGCUAUGCCACACUUUGGGCUAUCACCGAGCCACUUCGAUGCAAACAGAUGCGCCAAACGAGAUACAGUUCAAAAGGUUCCUGUUUUGGAGUGUCUACUUUAUCGAAAAGUGCCUGUCCCUUCGUCUCGGUCGGCCAUCAACAAUGCCUGACUGGGAUAUUACCAUAAGCCGGCCCUCAACAACCGAUAACCACCAGCACCCUGUUAUGGCCUAUUUUGUGUUAUGGAUCGAGUCCGCACGCUGCCAGGGCAACAUCUAUGAACUUCUCUACAGCGCAGACUCCAUGAAACAACCUGACGAUGUUAGGCGAUCCCGGGUUGAGCUUCUCGUGUCUGACAUGGCCAAUCUUCAGAAGGCGACACAGGAGACCAAUGGAAAAUGGAUCGAAAUCUCAAAAAAGAAUUCUGGAGAAGACUUGAUGGACUUUUAUUACAUCUCAGAUGAUGUUCUACGUCUCUCGCUCCUCACUCUGAUCUAUCGGGCGGCUCCGCGAGAGUCUUCAACAACUUUUAGCCGUUCAUGCUUGGAUGCUGCUCGGGCCACCUUGGCGAGGCACCAAGACUGCAUGGCCGUAGUCAAUAAAUGCGGUUUUGCCUAUUUGUCUACUUACGUUAACUGGACUCUCCUGUUCUCCCCCUUUGUACCCUUCAUUGUAUUAUUCUGUCACAUAAUUGAAGCCCGAGACCAAACUGACCUCGACCGCCUCGGCACAUUCGUUGCCUCGAUCCAACCAGCUUCCGACAUAUCGGAUGCUGCUGCCAAACUUCAUCGCCUGUUCCAAGUCCUCCACAGUGUUGCCCUCCGUUACGUCGAGCUCCAUUCUUCCACGCCAGAUGAUGGCCAAGCAGAGGCCAGUGGCGAGAUUGACAGGUAUCUCGCGGCCUUAGGCAUACCGUCAUCGACAGGACAGGGGCUGCAGAGGGGCUUCGUGCAAAGCAUGGGGUCCGACUUUGCUCAGGGAGAAUUGGAUAUGGCCGGAGCAAAUCCUGCAGAUGGGCAGAGUCUGAUUAACCCCAUGAUGCGUAUGGGGAACGGAGCAGAGUUGGAGCAUUGGUUGUAUAAUAAUCAGGCUAUGUGGGCGUUGAUGGAAAAGCCUGAUUUUCUGCCACCUCGUCAGAGUUAA